GUUUUGUCUUAGGUUGGUUGGAGUACUGCAAGAGAUUAUUACACAUUUCUUUGGUCACCUAUGCCAGAAAAUUAUGUGGAAGGUUCAACUGUUAACUGUGUGCUGACUUUCCAAGGGUAUUAUCUACCAAAUGAUGAUGGAGAAUUUUACCAGUUCUGUUAUGUGACUCAUAAAGGAGAAAUCCGUGGAGCAAGCACACCUUUCCAGUUUCGUACCUCUUCCCCUGUUGAAGAAUUGCUUACUAUGGAAGAUGAAGGAAACUCUGAUAUGUUAGUGGUGACCACGAAAGCUGGACUUCUUGAGUUUAAAAUUGAAAAAAUAAUAAAAGAAAAAGAAGAGCUAUUAAAGGUAACUUCUGUUCUGGAAAAGGAAACAGUACAACUCAGAGAUCAAGUUGAAAGACUGGAAAAAGAACUUAACCAUGAAAAGGAGAGAUGUGACCAACUACAAACAGAGCAAAAGAAUAAUAUUCGGGCAUCAGAAACUCUUAAAACUGAAAUUGAUGAUUUGAAGAAGAAGCAUGAUGAGGCUGCUUCAAAAGUUCUCCAGCUUGAAGAAGAUAUCAUGACUGUUACUCAAAAAGCCAUUGCAAAAGAAACAGAGUUAGACAGUCUGAAGGACAAACUGAAGAAAGUGAUGCUUGAGAAGGAGCAACUUGAAUGUGUGUUAAAGACAGAAAAGGAUGAAAAAGAACUUUAUAAGAUACACUUGAAGAAUACAGAAAUAGAAAACACCAAACUAGUAAAAGAAAUCCAGACGUUUAAGAAUUUGGAUGCAAACAAAGAAAACAUGAUAUCGUAUUAUAAAGAGGAGGUUGGCAGAUUACAGCUAUUUAUAGCUGAAAAAGAAAAUAUGAAGAAAGCUUUUUUGCUCUCCUCAUCAAACAAGGAGGAUGCAAGUAUUUUAAAAGAACAGCUUCGGAAAGCUGAAGAUCAGAUUCAGGCUAGCAAACAAGAAGCUGUCCUAAUGUCAAAAGAGCUGAGUGAUGCAGUAAAUGUGCGAGAUAAGACGAUGGCAGAUCUUCAUAGUGCACGUCUGGAAAAUGAAAAAUUGAAAAAACAGCUUGCUGAUGCCUUAGCUGAACUUAAAAAAAUCACGACUUUGAAAAAUGAACAGGAAACUUCAAACACAGUAGAGCAGGAACUACGCAAAGAAGUUGAAGAUCUGAAGCUUCGUCUGCAAAUGGCUGCUGACCAUUACAAGGAGAAAUUUAAAGAAUGUCAAAAACUUCAAAAACAAGUAAACAAGUUUACAGAACAGGCAAAAAUUGCAGGGCAUCAACAGAAACUGACAGAUGCAUCUAACAUUGAGACAGCUACUGCCAUCGUUACAGACAAAAAGUUGUCUGCAUCUCCAGUUAGCCCCAUUUCAUCUGAUAUAGUUUCGGAAUUCGUGGUAAAGGAGCAAGUACGUGAAAUGAAUAAAGAAAUUGCUGAGAAAACAGAGAAGUAUAAGAAAUGCAAGCAAAUGUUGGCAGAUGAGAAGAUGAAAUGCAGUAUUUAUGCUGAUGAACUAGCUAAACUGGAGCUGAAGUGGAAAGAACAAGUGAAAAUCAAUGAGGGUAUAAAAUUACAGCUAGCAGCAAUGGAGGAUCAGUAUAAAGAACUUGGUAGGACACCAGGAAAUGAAGCUGGAAGGGUGAUGGAAGAUGGAGCAGAUGGUGCUUUUAAUCCUGAUGAGAUCCAAAGACCACCUGUUAGAACUUCCUUUUGGGAGCUAGAAGAUGAUGUAGUGUGUAGUCAGCCUUCACGCAAUCUUAGUCGGCCUGAUGGUUUAGAAGAUCCUGAGGAUAACAAUGAUGAUAACACUGUACCUUCUGCUCCUGAUCCUCCAAGUCUUCUCUUGCAUGAACGUGGAACAGGUUUCUGCUUUGAUUCCAGUUUUGAUGUGCACAAGAAAUGCCCUCUCUGCGAUGUGAUGUUUCCACCUAACUAUGACCAGAGCAAGUUUGAGGAACAUGUCGAGAGCCACUGGAAGGUGUGCCCCAUGUGCGGAGAGCAGUUCCCGCCCGACUAUGACCAGCAAGGCUUUGAGAGGCACGUUCAGACGCACUUUGAUCAGAACGUAUUGAAUUUUGAUUAAAUACUUUGUUUUGCAGUGUAGCUUAGAAAAAACCUCACAACUUUGAGUAGUCCACCUACGGAACAAAACCAGCACAGCUUUUCUGUAACAGCGCGAACUUCGGAUUAAAAGCUAAUGUACUCUAAUGGGAGCUGUGAUAAAUGGUGGCUGUAAGCUGCUCUUGGGUUAUCUUCUCUCUCUGCCU